GGCGGAGCCGGAGCCGGAGCCGGAUCCCCAGCGUGAGCCCUAGCCGGGAGCCGGUCUCGGGGGCUCCGGGCUGUGGGGACGGCUGGGCCUGGCAGCGAUGGCGACUCUGUGGGGCGGCCUCCUUCGUCUCGGCUCCAUGCUCAGCCUGUCCUGCCUGGCGCUCUCCUUGCUGCUCCUGGUGCAGCUGUCAGACGCCGCCAAGAAUUUCGAGGAUGUUCGAUGUAAAUGUAUCUGUCCUCCCUAUAAGGAGAAUUCUGGGCAUAUUUAUAACAAGAACAUAUCCCAGAAAGACUGUGAUUGCCUUCAUGUUGUGGAGCCCAUGCCUGUGCGGGGGCCUGACGUAGAAGCCUACUGUCUACGCUGUGAAUGUAAAUAUGAGGAAAGAAGCUCUGUUACAAUCAAGGUUACCAUUAUAAUUUAUUUGUCCAUUUUGGGCCUUCUGCUUCUGUACAUGGUCUAUCUGACUCUGGUUGAGCCCAUGCUGAAGAGGCGCCUCUUUGGACACUCACAGUUGAUCCAGAGCGAUGAUGACGUUGGGGAUCACCAGCCUUUUGCAAAUGCCCAUGAUGUGCUGGCACGCUCCCGCAGUCGAGCCAAUGUUCUGAACAAGGUAGAAUACGCCCAGCAGCGUUGGAAACUUCAAGUUCAAGAGCAACGAAAAUCUGUUUUUGACCGACAUGUUGUCCUCAGCUAAUUGGAUUUUGAAUUCAAGGUGACUGGAAACAAACAAGACAGACAACUGGAAAGAACUAACUGAAUUUUCCUGGAUUUUGUUUUAAUACCCUGUUUGAUCUCAUCAACUCUUGCUGAAGACUCAAAAUUGGAAGCAAAAACAUGCUUGGUAUUUUUUUUUCUUGUCAAUGUAUUAAUAGAGACAUUUUUAAAAGCACACACCUCAAAGUCAGCCAAUAAACCUUUUACUACUUGUGACUUUUACUAAUAAAAAUAAACUUUCCUGGUAAUUAUCUUGAAGUCCUUUAACCUUGAACAAGCCCUCUCUUUUUCACUACACAGUUUUAACUUGGUUUUCAAGAGAAUUUUUAGGGGUUUUUGUUUUGUUUUGUUUUGUUGUUGUUGGGGGGUGGUUUUGUUGUUGUUUUUCAGGAGAAGGGAGGGAUGUGUGGGAACUGCUUCAUGAUGCUUUUCUCGAGUUACUUCACUAAACGAACUUUUGUAAAUAGUCCUUACCUUCUGUUUUCCAGUCUCAUUUCUGUUUUGCCAUGCAGCCAGCCUCAUCAGAGCGCUGACUUACUCAACUGACUUUUGCACUGACUGCAUUAUCUAGGUAGCUGGCUGGCCUGUGACUGCACCUCAUGUAAACUGGGUCUGAAAUGCCUGGCGGCUCUUCACAAAGUGCAGAUUUUCCUCAUGUACUGUGAUGUCUGGUGCAGUGCAUCCUGGACUGGCUGUUUGCUAGUUUACCCUAAUGACUGAACAGAGUCUUGAUGUGUGUGGUCUUCCUCAUCUUCAAGUAUCUUUAAGGACAAAUCCUAAGGACUUGGACACUUGCGAUAAAGAAGUUUUCUUUUAAACUCAAGCCUCCUUGGAUUAAUGACAUACACAUUAUUUGCUGGCGAUUCUGGUCAUGAGAAGCAGCUGUGAACUGGGAUUGGGUGCCUUUCUCUAAAGGGUAUAAUAGUUAUUUGAGAACUGACUUUUGCUUCCUAUACCUUUGUUGGAAUGUAAUAAUAAAAUAAUUUUUGAAAUACC